AUGCUGUCUAGAGCUGCGCGGCCGGCUCUGAGAGCUGGAGCUGCCUUUCCCUCUCGCGCCGUCACGUCCGCCCCUCAUGCUGCCGCCGGCUUCGCGACGCUGCGAGAAAUCGAGGGCCGUCUCAAGUCCAUUCGCAACAUUGAGAAGAUCACCAACACCAUGAAGAUCGUGGCCUCGACCAAGCUUACCCGCGCCCAGCGCGCCAUGAACGAGUCCAAGGUCUACGGUCAGACUUCGAAGGAGGUCUUCGACCAGGCCGAGACUAAGCCUCUCGAGGGCGAGGACAAGAAGACCCUCAUUGUUGUCUGCUCCUCCGACAAGGGCCUCUGCGGCGGUAUCCACUCCGGUCUUUCCCGCUACAUCCGUCGUCUCUUUGCCGAGAAGCCCAACACCUACGAGCUCGUCAUCCUCGGCGAGAAGUGCAAGGCCCAGCUGUCGCGAACCCAGGCCAAGGACAUCCAGCUCAGCUUCGCCGGUGUUGGAAAGGACGUUCCUACCUUUGCCGAUGCGCAGGCCAUCGCCGACCAGAUUGUCCACUUGCCCCACGAGUACGCUUCGAUCAAGGUGCUCUACAACAAGUUCAUCAACGCCCAGAGCUACGAACCUUCCGAGAUUGAUGCGUUCUCCGAGGAGGCUAUCAAGGCUUCUCAAAACUUCUCUGCUUUCGAGAUCGACGAGGAGCUCCUGCCCAACCUGCAGGAGUACGCUCUCGCCAACGCCAUCUACUGGGGUCUUGCUGAGGGUCACGCCUGCGAGCAGUCUGCCCGCCGAAACGCUAUGGACAACGCCUCCAAGAACGCCGGCGAGAUGAUCAACAAGUACCAGAUUCUCUUCAACCGAACCCGACAAGCCGUCAUUACCGGCGAGCUGGUCGAAAUUAUCACUGGUGCCACUGCCUCGGCAGACAUGUAA